AUGUUUGUAUUUCGAUGGUAUAGCAAGCAUUUGAAACAACGACCAAUGCUUACACAGGCAUUGACUACUGGAGUACUUUUUGGAACAGGAGAUGUGAUAGCGCAGGUUGGAGUAGAACAGACUCCACUCGAGUUGGUUGAUUUGCUCCGUGUCGCUCGCCAAACAGCGUUUGGAACAACCAUUUGUGGUCCAGCCAUGGUUAAAUGGUAUGGCUUACUCAACCGUCGCAUUCGUCUCGUUAACCCCUUCCAAGCUCUUCUGGCCAGAGUCUCUCUGGACCAACUGCUUUUUGCUCCGACAUUUAUCGGUAUCUUUUUUGCUGCAACUGGAAUCAUGGAAAAUCGUACCAUGGAUGAGAUCAAAGCCAAGCUGGUCAAGGGAUAUCCAGAUGCGCUUAUAGGAAACUAUCAGCUGUGGCCUGCUGUCCAGUUGAUCAACUUUUAUGUUGUUCCUGUCCAUCAUCAGGCACUGUUUGUCAAUGUCAUUGCAUUGGGAUGGAAUACUUAUUUGUCAGUACUAAAUCGACGUAGUGGACUAAGUGCUGAGAAUAUUGUGGUUAUCCCAAAAUAG